GUCAACUCUUUUGAGAUUUGUAUUAUAAUGUUUGCAAUCUUGUUCGCAGGAAAGCACGAAAAAAUGGCAACUUACCCUUCUAAGGUAUCGCUUUGUUUGAUAGCGUUGUUUGCGAUAUUAUUCUUGGCUCGUGCUACGAGUGGCAAUAAAAACAAUCAGCCAUCAAACAACAUGGUAGGUGACACAGAAACUGCCUCUGAUAAGUCAGACAAAAUAUAUGUAAAUUUUUGAUGAUGUACAUGAAAACUUGGCGCAUUGAAUAAACAAUCUAAAUUCAAGUAUCACUGAUCAACAGUACUUCCUGUAUACGCAGCAAAUGAGACUUCUAAGACAAAAAGUGUAUAUUUUAGCUGAAACGCCAAAUCGUAUUUUUACGGUGUUAUGUCGGUGAGAAAAAUUUUUUGAUGUGCGGCCCUUGCGCACAAAAGAGAGAAUUGUGAUAGCUACCCAAUUUAAAUAAUGAUAUCAUCAAAGCCGAUUGACAAAUUUGAGGUUUAUUUUUCCUCCAAUUUACCAGGCCUCUCCCGUCUACUAUGCUGGGAUUCCCGGCAUGCAUGGUAAACCUGGUUCCCCUGGGAUACCAGGCCGCGACGGACGAGAUGGCCGUGAUGGAGCCAAAGGUGACCAAGGUAUCCCAGGGAAGACUGGACCCCAGGGGCCUCCGGGACCUAACGGAAACCCUGGUGUUAACGGAAAUGAUGGCGCUAAAGGAGAACGCGGAGCCCAAGGACCCCCAGGACAAAAGGGGGAACGCGGGGAGAGUGGAUUAAGUGGAACCCCUGGGAAUCCAGGUCUGAUGGCUUUUAAGAACUGGAAGGAAUGCGUUUGGAAAAACAUCAAUGAUGACAAAGAUCAAGGGCUCAUCAAGGUUAAUACAUUUUUGGGUAUCUUUCGCAUUAUUCGAAGAUUGUUAACCGACAAAAUUAUCCUACAUGUUCUAACCCUUGAACUCUUAAGAGUGAACAACGUCUAAAUUCUCUCUAAACUGGCUAAUCCAACAUAGAGGGUUUUGAGAAAAAGGAACUGAUCAGCAAGUAAAAGGAGCGUUCUUUAUUGAACAAAUUCUUCUCUUCAGUACAAUAGGUAGGGAGCACAGUGUUAAGAGCAGGCAUUCUCAUAUUACGAUUCAAGGGAUUAUUGUAACUAUCGCAAUAUGGCUUCGUAAUUCUUGUUCAACAUUUUUUCUUUUUGAAGUAGAUAACGCUGGGAAACAUCGAAUAAUGAGCCUGGUUCUAGCUCUGUUUUUUUGUUGUUGUAGUUGUAGUUGUUAUUAUUAUUUUUAUUUUUUGCACAGGAAUGUGUGUUCACCAAAAACUUCUGAGACACAGCCCUUCAUGUGCACUGGAUGGGUACUCUUAGAACCCAUGGGAAAGAUGCAUGUAAACGCUGGUACUUUACUUUCAACGGCGCGGAAUGUUCAGCCCCUCUGACCAUUGAAGGUGUUGUGUACGUGAGAAGUACAACUGUAAAUCCCCAUCGUGUUCGCCAUAUCGAAGGCUACUGUAACAACAUCCACAAAGGAAAGGUGGGCGUGGGAUUCUGGGUUGGUACUUGCCCUGGCUUCAGUCCAAACUUUGACGCCUACACGGGAUGGAAUUCUGUGUCCCGAAUCUUCGUAGAAGAGGUUCCCAGAGCUCAAGCUUAGACCUCGAAUUGAAACAGAGUUUCCUGAGUAAAGCAUACAGGGACAUGCAAUAAAAGAUAGUGCUGUCUUGAUUAAGGGAUAGUAUAGUUAAUUGCUUUGUCAGUAGCAAUGUAAUAUUUGCUGAUCUUAAAUAAACGACAGGAGGCUUCGAUUCAAAAGGAAAUGUUUGCUUGUUUGUUAUUAGACCUUCAUAGGUAUAAAAAGUGCUUAGAGUGCACAUAGUCAAAAGAUUGCAAGUCUCCAUGGCAACGUCAAGAGACGCGGCGCUUGCUUUUUACACGUUAACCGAUACGGGAUUUCAAAGGGAAUUGUCAAUUACCAAGAGAGAACAAUUAUUCUCUCUUAGGCCCGGUUCAGACGCCGUACUUUUCAUGAGCCGAGCCUAAUACAUUGAAUUAAGUACAUGAAAAGUUCGGCGUCUGAAUCAAUUAGGAACGCCUGUUUCAAUUUGGAACGGCUCAGCCGUUCUUUUCGCCUAGCCCAGCCGGGAAUUUCGCCUUUGGAUCGACUUUGGAACGCCUUUGAUUCAGACGCCGAACUUUUCAUGUACCGAACCAAAUGCAAAAAUUCUUAUAACGUAUUUUGUAAGCAGUUUGACCGAAAUGCGCAUUUUUCGCCUUCUGAAUUUAGUUCGGCUGGAAUUAAGAUCGGCGUCUGAAUCACUUUAGCCGGUCUAAAUAAUUUGGGUCGGUCUUAAUUCGAAUUAGGUUCGGCUCAUGAAAAGUUCGGCGUCUGAACCGGGCCUUACAUUUACGUCACUUUCAUCGUCUUACAAAUAACUAUGAGGUGAUUUUAUAGAGCAUUAUUCUAUGGUCAUUAUCCUAUACCAGUUUAACUAUAACAUAGAAAAAACACUGUGGACAGAUCAGACUUCAUGUUAAACAAAAAAUAAGAAUAAAAUUUUCUAGUUUUAUCACGAAUUGGUGAAUAUAAAUUUCUAUAUUUGCUCCCCUCUCAAUCGCUCAGAAAAUUGAAAAAAAAAAAACAUAUGGCUAACUCUUCGUCUUGAUCUAAAGAAACAGGAAAAAUGAACUUGGCUAUUGUCUGGUCAUCCUGACGGAACAAGCUUGGUCAAUAACGCAUACUAUACUUUUAAUCUGAUACAAGGGAUUCUCUAGGCUUCAUUCGCCUGUUCAGCUAUUCAUUCCAGCACAGGCUUCCCAAGGUCGGAAGUAUUGACUUUGUGAUACCAAUCUGUGCAGCGUGCAUUUUGUGGGUUUGUGAAUAUUCAUCGCUCAUUUAUUGAGAAUUACAACUGAAGGACCUGAAGAAGAAAUUUUUUGCGGAAUAUGUUAUAUUCAUUAUUAGAAGUGUUACCACCUUGUAUCAGGGCGGUUUUAGGCGAUUUCAGCGAGUUUUCUUUUCACAUUUGUCUUUCCCCGACAUAGACAAUUUCAUGUUUUUCUGUUGGCAGGUUAGUGUGUUUGAUUUGUAAUUGUAAAUACUAAAAAACUUAGCAUAUCUUUCGUUGCCUCCAGUAUCCGCGCGUUGGCCUCUACAGUAUUUCUUACAGCAAUUCUUUUAUUUAUUUAUUCCUUAUUUUCUCCUAUUUUAAAUUUCUGUAAAGAAAUCAUGUGAUAUUUUAUCGAAAUACCCCUUGAAUCGACUUGAAAGUUUUACAGCAGGUUAAUAAAUAUGCACAGCCCUUUACAUAGUAAAUAUUCACAAACGACAAAAGUCCACAAACUUUUGAACGUAAAGGAAUAUUUUGUCGUCAACUGUCUGUCUAAAUAAAUUGGGAAAUCUCGAUAUUAAAAAUCUGUUCCCUAAAAACACAGAGCAAAAGAAAUCGUCAUUUUUUAAUGUUUGAAUCAAGUUUUUUCAUCGAGCGUGGUAUAUAAAGUCAAUAUUUCUCUUUUUAUGGCCAGGCCUUUGAACUCUGUUCGCGAAGAAAAUAUUUCCGGAGUCUUUGUCUCAGUUAUAAACAGAGAGUGCAUUUUUGUCCUUAUUUUAUCUGGCGAGUGAUUAAUUAACAAGCAAAUGUUUUAUCUCACUCUGUGGGUGUUCAUACAGUGAGAUACAAUGUAUACGGUCAAAACUCGCUUUACGGGCACCCGCUUAAUACGGCACCUCAUUUUUAUUGACAUUUUGCUUUGUCCCUGGGGAAAGAAAUCCUUAUAUUUUCUUUACAUUCAACCCGCUUAAUACGGACACUAUCUACGGUCCCUCAGUGUCCGUAUUAACGAGGUUUAACUGUGCAAGAAGCAGCAAAUUUGAUUAUAUGACAAUCUAGUUCUCGCGUGUCAUUUAAUUUAGCUGCACUGAAAAAAGUGGCAAAAAAAUAUGUUUGAGACCAUUCAUGGCUGUCUUUUGGUAAAUCUAUUCACCCAAAGCCCAUACCUAUAUAACGGUGAUCAUUGUACUUUCAGUUUCCUUAGCUUCCGUGACAGUCUUUAUUCUUCAAAUACAAAGUGGUAGAACGGACGUUUUUUUGCCCGUGAGAAGUAUGCUCGAGAAACCGAAGGGAAAAUCUCGUUAGAUACGGCUAUAUAUCACCAAAUGAUCAGAGACUGUUAACAAUUUUUAGAUAUGUAAUUCUUCACAGAUUCGUUUCCUGACGAUCGCAAUCAAACACAAAAACUCUCCUGCUUUCCAUGAUGCACUUAAUGUGGAUAACCAAUCAAGUUUAAUUUCAGUUCACGACUGAAUUUUGAUCGACUGAGAAAAAAAACACCGCUAGAAUUUGACCUGAUAACUGGUUGCACAAAACUCAGCGGAAGUCUCAGCUUUGCUAAAAUCGACUGUCUUUUCAUUUGCGAAACACUAACUGUUUAUUUAUGUAAUAAUACUUUGCCUAAGGCAGAUUUAGCAAUGCUCUUGCUGUAGCGAUAAUGUGCUUAUUGAUAACAAAGGUCAGCUUAACUCGCUCAAACGCGAAUCAAAUGUAAACAAAAGCCUGAGAGUGGAAAAAAGGAAGUUAUUCAAUGCAGCUUCAUUUGUUCACGUUUUCUGGAAGGAAAAGAAGUCAUUUUAUCUUUACAGGUACGUCUAGUUACCUCUUUUUUAGAUAAUUAGUUUCUCGUCGAAAAUAGUGGAUUCAGGGUCGUAACUCUAAUCUUCAGCAUAAAUAUCAUCGGCCACUUUUGCCGAUUUAGGCUCUUGACCUUUUUAGAUAUUUUCUCUGACUUAAUCCAUCUAUUUUGUACUUGAUUUCCUUGCUUGUUCUCGGAGUAAAAUAAUCACUAAAACUCAAUCGCUGUUUCGUUAGAAAUCGCUCCAUUUUUCAGUUGAUCGUAUCCACUUGUCAAGACGAAACAGUACUCCGUAACUCCUCAAGUAAAGAGAACAGAGUAUUUCUUAGUAAUUUUACUUCGAGUUUGUAACAAAUAAGUUAAGUAAAUAAAGGUUCACACACCUAAAAAAUUCAAAAGAAACCCCAAAAUUAACAAGUGAAAAUACUAGAAACCCGACCGACUGACUAAAGUUUUAAUUCACUGAACAAUUUUAAAAUCAAUUAAAAUUCAAACAAUUUAUUAACGACAAUAUGCACAGCAUUAAUAUAAAGUACCAAAAGAAAUUUGCAUUCAGUAUUUUAACCAUCAGAAAAGACGUAGCCUUGCAAAACCUUGCGAAGUACAGUAUGUAGAAAAACGUAAAUGAGAGUGAAAGAUGAUUGUUCAUUUAUCUUUGCCUGAAUGUAGCGAAGCGUAAUGAAACAAAAGAUAAAUGGUUUCUUGAAUUCCCAAGCACAAGUGCAUUUGUCGGCAGUGUGUUUUAAGUGCCGGCGUGAGAUUACAGAGAUUAUGGGAAGAAAGUGUGAUAUGUAAACUAGCAAGUAUAUAUUCGCUGAACAGUAAACAAGUUUCAUUGUGGAUUUUUACAAGCGGACAGUUAAAUUUUGUUCUUUUUUAUAUUUUGGUUGAAAUCCUGUAAUCCAUUUCCUCGUAACGAUUUUAGUUGUGCUUUCCUGAUGAUUGACAGUCAUUAUAAGUGGUUUUGUUUAUUCAAUUUACUUUGGCCUGAUCGAACGUAUAGAGUUUGUUUAAUUUUUUGGUGUCUAAACAGUGUAAACAGUUGUUUUUGUUUUGUGAUUAGUUGGUUAGUUCAAUAAAUGGGCUAAGAAUUGUCUGCUUAUCCCGCACCGCAUUUCUGGUUGUCAGUUUUUUGGGUGCGGGGAAUUCAAGAAAAGUGAUUAGUCACGUUAUUUGAGACAUGGAAAAAAUUUUCCCAAGUUUUGUAGUAUAAUCACCACAUGGGAAAAACUUGGAUUAUUUUACUCUCCCUGUUGUUAAUGCAACACGUUAUUUGUAAGUUUCAUAGGCUGUUCAUCAUAUUGCAGAAUAUCAUCGAAAAUCACAUGAAAAUGGCUACUUCCAAGUUUAAGGCGUCGCUAAUACUGUUAGCGUUAUUUGCGAUAUUAUUAUUGGCUUGUGCUACAAGUGACAACAAGACCAAACAGCCAUCGAACAACAUGGUAGGUGACUUGGUUAUGCGUCUCAGUCUAAUAAGGACGACAACGUAUGUAAAUUUUUUUAAAGAUGUUCAUGAAAAAAUGGCGUAUUGAACAGUCUUAGUUCAAAUUCUCACUGUUAACAGUACUUCCUGUUUUACAACUUAAACUUUUAAGGUAACAGGUCUAAAUUUCAGCGGACACGCCAGAUCGUAUUCCUUUCAGUGUUUUAGCUUUGAAAUAAAAUUCAAAAUGUAAUGGCACUAAUCUACAAGGAAAGAAAUUGUGGAGCUGCUCAAUUUGACUAAUGAUGUCAACCUGACAAAGCCUGUCAAUUGACAAAUAUGAACUUUAUCAAUUCUACUUUGAAUUUACCAGGCCUCUCCCGUCUACUAUGCUGGGAUUCCCGGCAUGCAUGGCAAACCUGGUUCCCCUGGGAUACCAGGCCGCGACGGACGAGAUGGCCGUGAAGGAGCCAAGGGUGAUCAAGGUAUCCCAGGAAAGACUGGACCCCAGGGGCCUCCGGGACCUAGCGGAAACCCUGGUGUUAAUGGAAAUGAUGGCGCUAAAGGAGAACGCGGAGCCCAAGGACCCCCAGGACAAAAAGGGGAACGCGGGGAGAGUGGAUUAAGUGGAACCCCUGGGAAUCCAGGUCUGAUGGCUUUUAAGAACUGGAAGGAAUGCGUUUGGAAAAACAUCAAUGAAGGCAAAGAUAAUGGGCUGAUCAAGGUAAACACAUUUUUCUUUACCCGUUCAUUACAUCAAGGUCUAAUCAGGGUUAAAGAGAAGUUUUUUAUUGGUUUUCAUAAAGAAGGAAAACUAAUAACCAUUGCCUAAUAAUAAUUAUAUAAAUAGUAACAAUAAUAAUAAUACUAUAGUAAGUGUUUAUUGACGAUAUAUCCAUUACCAGAAAUAUGGCUCAUCACUGGUUAGUAACUAAUACACUAUCACUUUCAUACUAAUUUAAAAAAUCAAUUACGUGUAGGUUAUCAUUACUAUAAAACAACAUCUUGCUAUAAAAUUAUGAAAAAUUAAAUGAUAAUAAAAUAAAAAGAAAAUAAAAUCAAAGAAAACCUAGGGGACAAGAAGAAGAAGCUUAAGGGCGUGAGUAGAUCAUGACCAGUUUUCAUUUCACCUGCCUCUAAGCACACAAGACGGUUUAGUGGUACAUUUUUACUAGUAUAUCUCUUUCUCUUUUUUGUAUAGGAAUGUGUUUUCAGCAAAAACUUCUCUGACACAGCCCUUCAUGUGUACUGGACUGGUACACUUAGAGUCUAUCAUAAUGGUGGCUGUAAACGCUGGUACUUCACUUUCAACGGUGCAGAAUGUUCCGCUCCCCUACCCAUUGAAGGUAUUGUUUACGUGGUCAGCAAAUCUCAAGACCCUCAUCGCGUCCGUCACAUUGAAGGCUACUGUAAUAACAUUCACAAAGGAAAGGUGCGCGUGGGGUUCUGGGUUGGUAAAUGCGAAGGGUACAGUCAUGGAAACUAUGACGCCUACACAGGAUAUCGUUCUGUGUCCCGCAUAUUCGUAGAGGAGGUUCCAAAAGCUCAAGCUUAGACUUUCAGAGAAGACAGACCCUCCUGCAUAUUAACCAAACAGGGACAGUAAAUAAUAGCGCUUCCAUAUGUGGGAUACUACGGUUAAUUGCUUUGUAGCUGUGUAAAGUUUGCUCAUAAUAAACAAGUUGCAGGAGGCAGCC